AUGCCUCUCACAAUCCAUCACCUCCAAGUCUCUCAAUCAGAGCGUAUCCCCUGGUUGUGUGAAGAACUCAAUAUCCCUUAUGAUCUCAAACUCUACAAACGCUCUCCUCUCCUCGCACCACCAGAGUUCAAAGCCCUUCAUCCCAUGGGCGCUGCCCCCGUCAUCCAAGAUGGCCCCAUCACACUCGCCGAGAGCGCUGCGUGUAUCGAGUACAUUAGCAACAAGUACGCCAACGGAUCUCUCUUUGUGCGCCCAGACGACCCAACCUACGCCGACUUUCUCUACUGGUGGCAUUUCCCUGCCGGAACUCUCGGUCCAGCUUUGGGCCGCAUCAUGCUGAUCAAAUCAGCCAAGCUUGGAGAUGACAACCCCGUUGUGCAAUUUGGAAAAGCAAAGUACAACCAAGCUUUGAAGAUGUUGGAUGAUAGGGUCAAGAACAACGAAUGGCUUGCCGGAAAAGAGUUUUCGGCUGCUGAUAUUAUGGUUGUCUUCCCGUUGACCACCAUGAGAUACUUUUCACCCUACAGUUUGGAGGAGUAUCCCAACAUUGUCAAGUACCUUGAGCGUGUCGCUGGCAGGGAAGCGUACCAGAGAACGAUGGAAAAGAUCGACCCUGGUAUGGAAUUGGCUACUGGAGUGAACCCACCAAAGAGCCCUUUCAAGUUGUAG